UACUGAGAAAACCCCAACUUCUCAUCAUCAUCCUGGACUUCACAAAGGUCUCACCUUUGGCUUUGGCCAUCCCUAAUCUUUAGCUUCUCACAACUCCAACCAGAAUCCAUGGAUGCAAAGCUCCUCCUCUCCUCCAAUGGUGCCACCGCUUUUCCCUUCUCCCUCUCCUUCCCAUCCCCACACCUCAAACUCCCCAUCUUCCCCGCAAGAGCGCAUGCCUCUUUCUCACCCAUUUCAACCCAUAGAACGCCAUUCUUGGGUGAAAACCUCGUCUUCUAUGAGAGAAGGAUGAAGCUUUUGGGAAGAAGGGCACCGAUUGUGGCCGUCGUUAAGAGAAGGAAGGAGCUCCCAUUCGAUAAUGUUAUCCAGAGAGAGAAGAAGCUCAAGCUGGUGAUGAAGAUCCGGAGCAUCCUUGUGAACCAGCCUGAUCGGAUAAUGAACCUCCGAGACCUUGGCAGGUUCCGCAGAGACCUAGGGCUCACUCGCAAGCGCCGGUUCAUCGCGCUCUUGAAGCGAUUUCCGGCGGUUUUUGAUAUCGUGGAGGAGGGCGUCUACUCUUUGAAGUUCAGGCUCACGCCGGAAGCCGAGAGGCUGUAUUUGGAGGAGAUGAGGGUGCGGAACGAGAUGGAGCAGUUGGUUGUGGUGAAGCUGAGGAAGCUCUUGAUGAUGUCGCUGGAAAAGCGCAUUCUUUUGGAAAAGAUUGCGCAUUUGAAGACGGAUUUGGGGCUCCCAUCGGACUUCUGGACCACUAUUUGCCAUCGAUAUCCUCAGUACUUCAAAGUGGUGUCCACCGACCGGGGGCCAGCCCUGGAGCUGACGCAUUGGGACCCUGAGCUCGCAGUUUCGGCCGCAGAGGUGGCAGAAGAGGAAAACAGGAUCAGAGAGAUGGAAGAGAGGGAUUUGAUCAUUGAUAGGCCUCUCAAAUUCAAAAGAGUGAGGCUGCCGAAAGGUUUGAAUCUCUCCAAGGGAGAGAUGAGAAGGAUUUCGCAGUUUAGGGACAUUCCUUACAUCUCUCCGUACUCUGAUUUCUCUGAACUGAGGUCUGGGAGUGUUGAGAAGGAGAGGCAUGCUUGCGCUGUUGUUCAUGAGAUACUCAGCCUUACCCUUGAGAAGAGGACAUUGGUGGAUCACCUCACACACUUUAGGGAGGAGUUUCGGUUCUCACAGCAACUGAGGGGGAUGCUCAUCAGACAUCCAGAUAUUUUCUAUGUGUCAUUGAAAGGGGAAAGGGAUUCAGUGUUUCUCCGUGAAGCUUAUCGGGAUUCUCAGUUGAUUGAGAAGAAUAAGCUGUUGAUCCUUAAGGAGAAGCUCAGGUCACUUGUGGCGGUACCGAGGUUUCCAAGGAGAGGUGUGAAGAAUGCUGUUACUGCCAGUGGAGAUGAAGAGGCUUUGGAAGAAGGUAGUGGGGCAGAAGGUGAUGAAGAAUGGUCUGAUGUUGAUAAUUUCAGGCCUAGUGGGAUGGACAGUGAGUUUGAUGAUGAGGAUGAUGAGGAUGAUGAGGAUGAUGAUUGGAGUGACGAAGAGGAGGACCUGCCGCCUGAUUUCAGUGAUGGUGAGGGAAUUAGUUUUGAAGCAGGUAAAUUACAGAACCAAAAUGCCUCGACACCGAAGGAAGAUAAGGUUCUUGUACCAGUGUUUCCUGACGGCAGACCAAGAGAACGAUGGUAGAAGUAGCUGAGGUGUCCUUCAUUUAUUCAAUGCUUCAUGAGGAUGACCAUACUUAGUUCUUUACAAACUAGCUUGCAAUUGUCAUUGUGGAUUUAUAGCUGUGUUCAUUUGCCAUGAAAUGGUAUGUUAUAACACGAGCAAAGAUAUUGAUAUCAUCACCAUCUUUUAAAUUUCCUCUGUCACUAUGUUCCAUAGAUAAUUUUAGAAUGUUGAAAAAAAUGGGAAGAUAUCAUGCCUUA